ACAUGUGACCACAGAAGGCGCUUACUGGUAUUUAAACAUCAUCGAUUGGGUGCUGAAGUGGACAGCUCCCCACGCAGAUAAACAAACCAAAAACACAACACAAUGGCUCGCUCUCCUCCUUGUUUUGGACGCGCUAAAGACUUUUUCUCGUUUUGGCACUAACUGAAGGCUUCAGUCUUAAUAGUCGAUUAUUCUAUUUUUUUUUUUUCUUUUUCAUCAUUUACGACAUAUUGGAAGCCGUGCGUUGUAACACCUGUAGCCGAAGCGGAAUCAGGACCGAAAGGUAGUCAUUGUAAAACAAAGAAAGGUGCUUUCUCUUCCUCAUUUGUUGUCAUCCAUCCUGCUGGGAAGGUAGACUCCAACCGUGUGGUUUGAUCUCGACUGUGGAAGCGCAGUGCUCGUCUAAAGCCGUUUACGGACGCAUUAAUAUCUAAGCUGCUCUCUGUGGCUGCUUGCAGACAGGAAGGAGCAUGGAUAGAAAGGAAUUUGCUCUAACUAGUGCGCUGAGGGGAUUUGAGCUGGGGAUGUGCUCCUGUGGAAACUAAACUAAGGACAGUGCCUGAAGUCACCAGAGCUCACCACUUCUCUUAUUUGGCUUCUUUUAUUUGUGAUUUCAUUUUUUUGUGGUUUUUUUAAAAUUCAUCAUGGGGAAAGAGGAGUGCAAAACAAUGCUGGACGCUUUGAAUAAAGUCACCGCCUGCUACAGACACUUGGUCAUCGCAUUGGGAAGCACCUCGGACUCUCAGAACCUCCGAGAGGAACUGAAGAGGACCCGCAAAAAGGCCCAGGAGCUGGCCGUGGCCAACAGGACUAAACUGACUUCCCUGCUCAAAGACAAGACCAUCAGUAAAGAGGAUCGGGCCGAGUACGAGCGCCUAUGGGUUCUGUUCUCCAGCAGCAUGGAGCUCCUGGAGGUGGACAUGAAGCGGUCUCUGGAGAUCGGGCAGGAUUUCCCCCUCAAGGUGCCAACCAGACACCUCAUCCAAACCGGGAUGACCGGCAGCACCACCACCGUGGCGGCCCGGGCCAUGAGCGUGCAGAACAUGAAGUACGAGGCGGACAGCAACAUCGACACGGCGGAUCUCCGGGAUCUGCAGUCCGAGAUCACCCAGGUGAGCCACAUGAUGGAGGAGAUGGAGAUGAAGGUGCAGGUGGCGCCGUGGGCCGUCGAAGCCAAACAGGAGGCGGGCGCGGAGCUCAAGUCCAACAUGAGCGUGGGAAAUUCCUCAGUGGGUGUCAUCUCCAUCUGCGAAGAGGAGCCCAAGGAGGAGGACGGCGGAGGCAACCGGGACGCAGGGUUCGCGUCGAUCUGCGCUGUGCUUGUGUUCUUUGUCAUCGUUAUAGUGGCUUUGGUUCUAGGCUAUUUGGUGAUCAAUAUGUCCUGAAGCUGUGAGCCCACCCUGAGGGACAUCCUGCGAAGGCUUCCCACGGGAACGUCAUCGUUAGUGUAAGAGGAAGCUGCUCCAAAACACAGAGAAAGAGCUUUUUUAUUUGGAGUUCAGGUGCUGGAAAAUUAUGGACUCACCAAGUUAUUUUUCUCGGAUUUGUGAAUGUAAGCGGUGGAGUUGAGGAGUUGCACUAGAUAAAUGUAGAACAACAACAUAGUGUCAUUAAAAAAAAUGGAUCAGCUACAGUUUGAGGUUAAGGCUUUUGAUGGGCCAUGGGGUCGAGUAUUUUUGGAAGAGGAAAAAGGCAUAACAUGACGUGACACCGUUUGGCCAUCAGGAUGAUAUAAAAAACACGUAAUCCAAGUGGAUUAGUGGAAAAGCUCAAGCGUAAAUGUAGCCUACUGUUAAGUAUUCCCCUGAUGUUCUGCUGAUUGAUGCUUUAAAUGUAUGAAUUCAAUCCAGAAAAGUCAGACAUGUAGGCUAUGGCCAUGGGAACCUAGUCAGAGGGGGAAAAGGCUGAUGCUGUUUGGAGAAAAGUAGAGUUAAAGUCAGCGAUUGCUCUUCACAUCACAUCAAACCUCAGGUUGGAUGUGAUCAUCUGCACUGUUCUAUUAGCACAGGUUUAAUAUAUCAUGAAGUAUCUACAGCCAGAUUGUAUAGGCCUGCAUCUUCAUCACAACAAAUCACUAUGUGCUUCAUGAGCGCCUUGGGACCUAAGAGACAUUCACAGUCUUUUAAUAAUGCACCCAAUCACUGUAAGCCUGUUCAUGUUCUUUUUCAGGGUUUUCUUGCAAACAGUGUUGAAUGUAUUGUAUUAACAUGUGAAUAGAAGGUUUGUACAUACAGUCUACUGCUGUGUCAGAUAAUGUACAUACAAGUAAGUAUAUUUAUUAUAAUAAAAUUUAAAAUCACACAUCCAGUGUUUGUAGUGUGAAAAAGAAAAAUCCUUCCAGAUAGAACCAAGACAAUAUAAGCACAAAUACUGGCCAUGUCUGAUAUGGUGUUCUCAUUCCAAAAGUCAAACCUAAAAUACAUAAUUAUAUUGUGGUAAAAUUAGGUUAAAAGAAUCAUAUCUAUGCUGUGGUGUACUGUAGGUAUAGGAUUAUUGCCUUAUGGUAAGACUGAUCGACCAAGACUCAAAGGAGUGUUUAAAAUGAAAAUCGGACUAACGCAGAUGCCAUAAUGGUUUUAGUUGUAAGAGUCUUUAAAGAUAUUCCUGGAAUAGCACAUGCAGACAGACUGAGGGAUUGUGGAGUCAAGUCCUUAACAUCAUAGUAAGAGUUAUUAUAUCAUGGUAAAAACUGCAUAUACAGUAUAUUUAUUGCAAAUAAUAUAUCUAUCGGACAUAGAACUUUUUAGAAAUGAGAUAAUUGAUUUUUAAUUGAAUACAGUUGACAGUAGUUUGUGGUACACCAAUAUGGGACAAGCACAUCUUUGACUGUUCAGGAAAUAUUGCAUGACAAGUGAACAACACAGACAAGCCAGUAAAUUGUCAGUAACUACAAAUAUUAAAGAAAGCUGUUGAAAUAUUGAUGCUGAGAUGUUGCUCUGCGGUAUGAGGAUUCUGUCCCCACUCUACCCCGUGCCUGGUAUCAUCUGCAGCACAGCUGCACAAAGAUAACAAGAAAGUCCCAAAUAUCAUCAACCUUUUACACAUUUAUUGAACUAUGUUUCUGGUGUGAAUUGUAGUGUAGUAAGUUCAACAGAUAUUUUGUCAAAAGAGCUCUGAAGUGACUCUGAAGACCCCCCCCCCCCCCCGCCCCCCCGAGAACAAUCUGAUUUAUUCAUUGUGUAAGGUAAACAGACUUAUGCUAUUUAAAGAUCAUCAGCAUUAACAGCAGGCAGUAUGUAAUAAUUUCAAAAGAUGAGAUUUAAUUACACCUAGACUUAUGUGUUAAGAAGAGGGCUGACACCUUGUGGGGAUAUUGCAUGCAACAUGUUUUAACAAAAAUUAACCUUGCAUCUCAGGACAGUGAUCAUAAAACAUACAACCGAGACAUUAUUUUAUUCAGUAGAUCACAUGGCUUUUUCAGCUGCUUUCGUAUUUCCUAUUCCAUUCUUCCCUUCCCAGUCUGUCAAAAAAAAUAAUAAUAAAAAAAAAAGAACUUUGAAAGAGACACUGCAAAAAGAUGCAAGACAAAAUGACUAUUAAAUGUCCAGACACCACAUAGUUGACAGUAUUUACAGGGCUUUUGAUGUGAGGAAAUCAGUGUCAUGCUUUUCUCGCACCAGGUUUUCUAGCAUCUUGUUUAUCCUCGUUGCCAUUUUGCAGAAACACUAAGCACAGCUAAGGAUGAGUCAGGAACCUCUUGAAAUUCAUGAUGGACUUACAUUGUCAUUCGGAGAUUUCAGAGAUCCAAAAAUAUAAAAGUGAUUAAUUAAACACGAGGAAGACAGGGAGAGGAUUUGAAUAGUGGACAAGAUAAAGGCUCCUAAAACACGGUAUUCUGAAAUUUUGUCUCCUUAUUCAAACUGAGGAGAAAUAUCAAUGCUGAAUUCCUCUUUAAUGAAGCAUUGAAAAUGUUUCAAGCAUGCUGGAAUGAUUUUGUUGCAAUCUCUGUUAUGUAAGCUGUUCCUCAAAAUAGCCGCAGUUUUAGAAUAUAUGCUUCAUUAGAUAUAAAAAUUGAUCCUAAGCCUUUCACAGGUGAGUACACUGACUCUCUGCAGUUGUGUGGAGGCGUUUUAUUUUAACUUAUGCAUGACAGAGCUAUUUGUUUGCUUCACUCUGUCGCUCGGAAACAAACUAAGCAGACUGGUUCACAGAGAGGCAAGCUACACACUUGGCAGAUAUACAACUGCAUCCUCACCUCAUCUGGACAAAGAUGGUGGGUUUUCAAGGCUGUGGGUUGCCAUAGAAACCCUCAAUGGACUCUACAGCAAAAAGCACUGAAGGAUUGGCAGUGUUAUUUCAACUCACUCAUUCUGCCACCACUAUACGUAGGACUCUGUGACAGGAGAUGCAGUGUGAGGACAAGGGUAGGGGAAGGGGAAGGCUGACCGGGGACAAAUUCUCAGCGUCUUUCCCUGCUCUGCUAAAUAAAAUGUGUCAUCUGAAUGAAAAUCAGAUGAAGUCACACCGAAGAGUGACUCACCACCACAGAAGAAAAUGUUUCAUUCAAGAUAACUUAGGAUUUCCUGGCUAAAAGAAACAGAACCAUUAUAACCUUCUCUAAUAUAGAGAUUCAGACACUUUCUAUUUCCCUUUUCCAUAUUAUACUCAGCAGUCAAACCAGUCUGUUACAUCUAUAUAUAAAUCUGUCAUAAUCUGCCUGUUAAGACAUCACACAUUGUAAAACAAAAUGGGAAAAUAUUCUUCUUUAAACUCAUUACUCUGCU